UCCCUUUUAUAACACCAUUCCGAAUCCCCACGCAUGUGCCUUGAUUUACAUCAUAUGGCUGAAGCAUCGCUUCUACUUCACACACGCGUCGUAUCUCGUAUCGUCGUCGUCAUGUCGUAUUUCACACUCAGCUGCAUCCUAAUUGUUGAUGGUUGAUUGGUGGGAAGCGAAUAUGUUAACACAGAUCGGGAGUGCGUUCUCCGUGCUCUGGUUUACUGGGCGAGCAAGCAUUAAUGCGCUGCGAACGAUGGUAAAAAGUCGUGUAACCAGUAACUCGAUGCGCAAAAUCCGUGCUUCAAUCAAUCAAACAUGCCGGCGGCCAGGAGACAAGCCGAACACGAACUCGCACAUGUUUUUGCCGUUAGGAUAUGGGGUGCGACUUUCUGACACCCGGUACACGGUGAGUGGUAGCCCUAUGCAAUGCGCCCUGACAACGCCCCUGGAAGUUCCUGCAACACUGUAGCUAGCGAGCGCCGGGAGGUUAAUAAUAAGGGUAAGGGAAAAAGAA